ACAACAUUCUGGCAAGUUUGUGGAUUUUGCGUUACCCUUGUUAGUGUUUUUGGUUCUGCACUUUAGUUGACACAAUCAUCAAAUUCAUUAUCUUGUUUGAUCUUAAAGAUGGAUACGGAUUUAUAUGAUGAAUUCGGGAAUUACAUCGGGCCUGAUCUUUUGUCUGACGAAGAGGUGGAGGACGAUGUAAAUAGUGUUGAUGAUGAAGGUGCCGAGGAGGAAGAUAUGGCUCAGGAUGCUGUUAAUCACAUCGAAACAAAUGAUGUACAAGAAGAAAGUUUGGCUGUUAUUCUUCAUGAGGAUAAAAAGUAUUAUCCAAGUGCACUAGAAGUUUAUGGUCCCGAGGUUGAAACCUUAGUACAGGAAGAAGAUGCUCAGCCGUUGACACAACCAUUAAUAGAACCAGUUCGACGCAAAAAGUUUGCUUACACGGAAGCAUCGAUUCCAACAACAACGUACGACCCUGAAUUCUUGGCUGACCUUAUGGAUUGUCCGGAAUUGAUUCGCAACGUUGUUCUUUGUGGACAUUUGCAUCAUGGCAAAACUUCCUUUAUGGACUGUUUGAUAGAACUUACUCACCCUGAUAUUGAAGCGAAAGAAGACAAAAAUCUCAGGUAUACUGAUUUCUUGCACAUGGAGGUAGAAAGAGGACUGAGUAUAAAAUCUACUCCAGUUUCCUUGGUGCUGCGCAGCAUGCAAGAAAAGUCGUAUCUGUUUAACAUCUUUGAUACACCAGGUCACGUCAAUUUCUCUGAUGAAGUAACUGCUGCUUUCCGACUCGCCGAUGGAAUCUGUCUGUUAGUGGACGUCAGCGAAGGUGUACUUUUAAACACCGAACGUAUUCUUAAACAUGCUCUACAAGAACGACUACCGGUAACACUGUGCAUCAACAAAAUAGAUCGUCUCAUAAUCGAACUAAAGUUGCCACCAAUGGAUGCGUAUUACAAAAUCAAGCACAUAAUUGAUGAAGUAAAUUCAAUUCUUCUGACUUAUUCUGAAGGUGCAGGUAUUACAGAUGAUACACAACCUGUUGUCAGCCCAUUAUUGGGAAAUGUAUGCUUCGCAAGUACUUAUUACCGAUUCUGCUUUACUUUGGAAUCAUUUGCGAGAAUAUAUAUGGAUACAUUUUCCAACGGUAUGGAUCACAAAGAAUUCGCUGGACGUUUAUGGGGUGAUAUAUAUUUUAAUUCUAAAACAAGAAGAUUUCAAAAACGGCCACCUUCUGCAAAUUCACAACGAACAUUUGUGGAUUUUAUUCUCGAACCUUUAUACAAGAUUUUCGCUCAAACUGUUGGCGAUGUUGAUACUUGCUUGCCGUCAUUGUGUUCAGAGUUGGGUAUCUAUUUAACGAAAUCUGAAAUGAAACUGAACAUACGCCCACUUUUGCGUUUGAUAUUUAGACGAUUCUUUGGCGAUUUCUCUGGAUUUGUGAAUAUGUGUGCCGAACAUAUACCAAGUCCAUCUAACUCAGCCGCAACUAAAGUGGGAUCAACGUAUACUGGCACACUAGAUAAUGAUCUCGGACGUGCUAUGAUAAAAUGCAAUAUGAAUUACGAACACGUAAUGGUUCAUACUACCAAACUCUAUCCUGAUCAAGAAGCUAUCUCUUUUCAUGUUUUUGGACGUGUUUUGUGUGGUACCUUAUUUGCUGGUCAAACCGUCCGUGUUUUAGGCGAGAACUACACACUUUCUGACGAAGAAGAUUCUCGACCAGCUACAGUUGGCCGUCUGUGGGUAUCUGUCGCGCGUUACCAGCUGGAGGUCAAUCGGGUACCAGCGGGUAAUUGGGUGUUGAUUGAGGGUGUCGACCAUCCUAUUGUGAAAACAGCUACAAUAACAUCAGCGGAUGCCCGUGGAGCAUAUAUAUUCAGACCCUUAAAUUUCAAUACUUCUUCGGUUGUUAAGAUUGCUGUGGAACCUGCUAAUCCUUCUGAGUUACCUAAAUUGUUGGAUGGUCUUAGAAAAGUUAAUAAAAGUUAUCCUCUCCUCGCCACCAAGGUUGAAGAAUCGGGUGAACGUGUCAUUCGUGGUACUGGCGAAUUGUAUUUAGAUUGUGUUAUGCACGAUCUGCGCAAGCUCUACUCUGAUAUCGAUGUGAAAGUUGCUGACCCUGUUGUAGCAUUUUGCGAAACAGUUGUGGAAACUUCCUCUUUGAAGUGCUUUGCUGAAACACCAAAUAAGAAAAAUAAGUUAACUAUGAUCGCUGAGCCACUCGAUAAGGGUUUAGCUGAGGACAUAGAGAAUAAGGUUGUGCAAAUCACUUGGCCAAAAAAGCGACUCGGAGACUUUUUCCAGAAAAAGUAUGACUGGGAUUUGCUUGCCUCCAGGUAAGUAGACUUGUUAAAUUUUGUUAUGUAUAAUAUGUUCAUUAAAUAUUAUUACCGCUGUUAUCAUAACGAAUUCUUAUUUCGUAUAUAAGUGUCAUUGAUUAUCAUGAUGAAUUUAAUUGAGAAUUUUGUUGAGUUAAAGACUCAUUUUAACUCAACACAUCAUGAGUUCUGGUUGUAUUUGUAGAGUGAUAUUUACUUUCCAUAUUUCUUUAACUCUUAUGAAGAAUACCUUCUAGUGUGAACAUAUGAUCCCCCAACCAACGGUGAUCAGGUAGUUCUACCUCUUAUUUUAAUUAACUGAAGACAUUCCCUAUCCCACUCUCAUAUUUAUCUGAACAAAUUAACCUCACGUAACACACACCGUAGUGACUUGUGUUAGCCAAAUUGUAAAUAGAGAACUUGGUCAUUUGUGUAUAUAUUAUUAUUAUUACUGCGUCUUGUCCAACAGAUCUAUCUGGGCUUUUGGGCCAGACGCUACUGGUCCGAAUAUACUAAUGGAUGAUACAUUACCGUCUGAAGUUGAUAAGAAUUUACUACUUACUGUCAAAGAUUAUAUCGUACAGGUAAGUUACAGCUCCAAAUUAUUAUGCUUCUAUAGUUAUGUAUUAUUUUGUUCAUAUUAAAUACUAAAAACGGAUAACUAUUUAUUGUUUAUCUGUGAUAAAUAUUUAUGAAUGAUUUCUAUGAAUGCAACGUAUUCGUGUUUUAACAUAACGUUUUAUCAAUAUACAUUGACUAAGUAUGUUUUCAUUCCAUACUAUAUAGGGUUUCCAAUGGGGUACACGUGAAGGACCACUUUGUGACGAACCGAUUCGCAAUGUGAAAUUUAAAAUAUUGGAUGCUCUGAUUUCUGGCGAAGCACACCAACGGGGUUCUGGACAAAUAAUUCCUACAGCUCGUCGAGUUGCCUAUUCUGCUUUCCUCAUGGCCACACCUCGCUUGAUGGAACCUUAUUAUUUAGUUGAGGUCCAGGCGCCUGCGGAUUGUGUUUCAGCGGUAUAUACAGUUCUUGCUCGUCGUCGUGGUCAUGUAACACAUGAUGCUCCUAUAUCUGGAUCUCCUUUAUAUGUUAUCCGUGCAUUUGUACCCGUCAUUGACUCAUUUGGAUUCGAGACAGAUCUUCGAACUCAUUCUCAAGGACAGGCAUUUUGUAUGCUUGUUUUUAAUCACUGGCAAAUGGUUCCAGGAGAUCCUCUCGAUCGUUCAAUUCAAAUACAGCCUUUGGUCCCACAGCCUGCUACUCAUUUGGCUCGAGAGUUUAUGGUUAAAACUCGUAGAAGAAAGGGUUUGAAUGAAGAUGUCAGUAUCAACAAAUUCUUUGAUGAUCCUAUGUUGCUAGAACUAGCCAAACAAGACGUUAUGCUGAACUAUGCACUAUAAAUUUGUACAUUUACUGUAUUUUUUAAGAAAAUAAAUAAUUGAAAUAAUAACCAGCCACAUAUU